AUGGACGAGCGAGCAUCCUCUAGAAGGUAAGACACACGUGAUUAUCAUAGCUUUUCAUCGGCAUCAUCGUCGGUCUCGAAUCUGAGUAAGGACCGAAGUAGAAGUAAUUCAAAAAAAAGAAAUUUUAGAAAUAAGAAGAAGCCAACGAAACGAGUCAAACACACCAUAGACUUCCCUCCUCUGGAUUAAUCAUUGCUCAGCUUCGAUUAAUUCUAGGAAUUAUAUGUGAGCAAUGAUAUCCCCACUGAGAAAUUACGACUUCUUUAUUAGACCUACGAGAGGAAAUGGGAAAACAAACAGAAAGAGUUGUUCUUUGAUCAACACAAGGACGAGCCUUGGAUCUAAGACAAAUACAAUCCGGUAAAUAGGAGAGAGUUCUAAGAAGAACGCAAUCAAUUGGCAUAGAAUCGCUUCAAUGAAUUUUUGAAGCAAUACAAUAUGGGAGGUUUCAACAACAUAAAUCUCACAAUGACAGAAAUGCAAUUGAUGGACUUCUUUGAACUCAACGAUCACUUCUAUAAUGAUGAUCCAGAUGUUCCUUUCUGGGAAUUUUAACUCAAAGAAUCUAUUGACAUAACCAAAGCUCCCUUUUUUGGUUCAGAUCCCAACCAAAACAGUGUGUUCAUCAAGAACGUGCCCUUGCCUCUCUCCAGAGCAGAUGUGGUCAAGGCACUCUCUUCAUUGCCUGGCUAUGUGAGUCUAACCCUAUCAGAACCAAACAAGCUAUAAAAUUACACUAGAAUUGGGUGGGUCAGCUUUGAUGGAGAAGAGUAUUGUAAUCGUUGUGUGAAUGAUGAGAGCAUCACCAUCAAGGGACAUUCACUCCAAUUCCAAAAACAAUAAGAGAAGAGGAAAUUCGUGAGAGUCUUCAAGUCAGUCGAAUAUAAUAAAUUAUUGAAGGACUUGCAACAAUAGAGAGAACUCAUCAAAGUCUUGGAUAAAGAAAAGGGAAUCAGUGGUAAUCCACUCAUCGAAGGACCACUCAAAGAUAGAGAUGACCCAACAUUCAAUAGACAAUUGGAUAUUCAGACCUUGUAUUUGAGAAGAAUACACAACUAUUGCUAUUGGAGUGGAGCUGAAUUCUCAGACUACAGAUUACUUGUGUCUAAAGUUGGCUAUCAUUUCUUCAGAUUGGACUAAAAAAAGAAGUGCAAUUUAGAGUGGUAGGACAUCAUUCAGGCUCUAUGCAAUCGUCGUAGAGAAGAGAGUAGUGAUGAAUUACCCUUAACUGAAUUGAUUGACAAUGAAAUCAUUUAAAUGGGACUGAAACUAAGAAAUAAUCGCUAGAAAGAUGCUUAUCCUUGUAUAUUCUGUGAAAAGCAAUUCCAAGGAGGAACCUUCUUGAUCAAACACAUUUCUCUUAAGCAUGAGAAAUAGUAUUGGGAACAUUAGCAAUCCUUAAGUCAAUAAGUUAUUGAUCAAUAAAUGGCUAAUAAUCACAAAAUAGAGAGAAGCAGCAAGGCCACCAUCCAGAGACAGAUCUUUGUCAAAGGACUCAUCGAUGAAGCAUAAUUAUAAGAAAAUAAAAUCCAAUUGCCAAUCAACUUUGCUCCCAGAGUUCAAUAGAGACAGUACAAAGAUCUUGAUUCAAUAGCAUAAGAUAAAACCUAGCCAGCUAUUAUGUUUUAAAUGCGUGAAACAAAAGUGAAUUAUAAUGAUAUAUGAAUUAAACAAAUUAUUUGCAAGGUAUUCAAAUU